AUGACGUACAGCUCAAUAGCCGAGCUGACCAUGUCAGUAUCACUGCGCAUCCCAGUGUUUCUGCUGGCAGCAAUGGUGACUGUCUGUGCUGCGAGACCCGAGGAAGGUGGGAGCUCACAACCAGUUUUGGGCGGCUUGGAGGAAGCUGACAUCCAUGAGAAGGGCGUGAAUGAGGCAAUAGACUACGCCAUCAGCGUUUACAACCAGGAGAACAACGAUCUAUACUAUAGUCGCGUGUUGAGGGUGGUACAUGCCCGCAAGCAGGUUGUUGCUGGGAUGAACUACUAUUUGGAUUUGGAGAUAGGUCGAACCUCCUGUACUAAGUCUCAAUCAGACUUGGCUGAAUGCCCCUUUGUUGAUCAACCACAAGAGCAGAAGAGGACAUUCUGCUCUUUCCAGGUCUACAUUGUGCCUUGGUUGCACAAAAUCUCCGUGACACAUUAUAGUUGUCAUAAUGAAUAA